AUGAUUGAUCUUGGGCUGGCACGGGUGACUCGACUUCUUGGAGAGCUCGGUAACCCGCAGAACUGUUACAAGGCGUUCCACGUUGCAGGAACAAAUGGUAAGGGGUCUGUUGUGUCUUAUUUGUCUAGCAUUCUGACUUACAACGGGGUGAGGACCGGUCGGUUCACGAGCCCGUUUUUAAUCAAUGAAGAGGAUGCAAUCUGUAUCAACAAUCGACCAAUAACACGACAAUUGUACGAAGACGUGAAGAAAGCGGUUGAUGCGCUCAAUAUUCAAAAGACGAUCCAAGCUACUGAGUUUGAAAGAGAGGCGGCGACGGCGUUCGAGGUGUUCCGAAGAGAGAAGGUGGAGGUCGCCGUAAUUGAAGUUGGUUUGGGCGGGCUCUUAGAUGCGACAAAUGUGCUGAUGAAAGAAAAUGUGCUGUGUACUGCUAUAACGAAAAUAGCCUUCGAUCAUGAAGGCUUUUUGGGUAGUAGUCUAACCCAAAUUGCUACUCAAAAGGCUGGAAUUAUCAAACCUGGUGUUCCAUGCGUUGCCGAUGGUACAAACGAUACUGAAGUUCUUCAAGUUGUCAAAAGUGUUGCUGAUAUGAAGUCUAGCCUUCUGUAUACCCCAGUGGGGCUUCCUGUUGGCUAUAGCACUAGGGACAUUUUAGAGGGCGAGUUUCAAAAGCAAAAUGCAGCCGUUGCCGUCCAGUCAAUAUCAGUUGCUUAUCCCCAAUUCAGCCGUGGAAUGAUUAUUGAAGGCCUAAGAAAUACGACAUGGCCUGGGCGGCUGCAAUGGAUCGACAUGGGCAACCAGCGCGUUUUGGUUGACGGUGCCCACAACCCAUCGGCGGCAAUUGAGUUGGCAAAAUAUGUACAGGAACACAUGAGACCCAAAUCGCCCAUCACUUGGGUAGUGGCCUUCUCAAAACCCUGUGACGAUAUAUUGGCACAGCUUGUCCAACCGGGGGAUAAAGUGAUAGCCACGAAAUUCGGGAGUAUCGCCACAAUGCCAUGGAUCAAGUCUCUGGAUCCCAACAAUAUCUGUGAAUCCGCUCGAAAAUACACCGAAGAAUCAAACGUCACACAGGUGGCAAACAUCAAGGACGUUUACUUCAAUGAUAAUACCGUCAUCUGCGGCUCGCUCUACCUACUUCGAGAAUUAUAUCGAUAG